AGUGUUCCUGGAGUUAUAGAAUGCCUCAAAAUUGUCACCAAAGAAAAGUCGCAAAGAAUUGCCAAGUUUGCAUUUGACUAUGCUACUCGGCAUGGUAGGAAAAAGGUCACAGCUGUUCACAAGGCCAAUAUCAUGAAGCUGGGUGAUGGACUUUUUCUCCAGUGCUGUGAAGAAGUCUCUCAUCUGUACCCUCAAAUUGAAUUUGAGUCUAUGAUCAUUGACAACUGUUGCAUGCAGCUUGUUGCUCAUCCUCAUCGUUUUGAUGUUAUGGUGAUGCCUAAUUUGUAUGGGAAUAUAAUUGACAACUUAGCUGCUGGACUAGUAGGUGGAGCUGGCAUUGUACCUGGGGCUAACUACAGUGCUGAUUGUGUGAUUUAUGAACAGGGUGCACGACACACUUUUGGAGAAGCAGUGGGAAAAAAUAUAGCUAAUCCAACUGCAAUGCUUCUGUGUUGUGUAAAUAUGCUGCGACAUUUGAAUCUUCACUAUUAUGCCUCUGUAAUAGCUGAUGCUACAGAGAAGGUCAUUAGAAGUGGAAAGGUACGAACCAGAGACCUUGGUGGAUAUUCCAGUACAACAGAUUUUACAAGAGCUGUAAUUUCUAAUUCAUCAUAUUAGUUUCAUAUGUAAAUAACUUACUUCUCAUAGAUUUUAGUAUGGUUAGUAAUUUUAAAGAUAUCCAUUUGCAAAAAGUUCUUUGUCAAAACAUAUAUGUUGCAUUUGGAAAGUUUAUUUACUUGCACUUUUUCUUGAAAAGAUCUUAGUCCUUUGUAGGAUAUGCCAUUAAAAAAAACAAAAACAAAUCAAUAGAGUAUAUUUAAAAAACAAAUAAUUAUUUUACUUUAAUUUGGUAUAAAUCCACUUUAUCAAAAGUUUCCUGAGGAAGAAUAUUAGGAUUUAAAUCUUUUAAGAAAUAGAUAAAACUUAGACCAAAAUCAAAACUAUUUAUACAUAGUCAAGUUUGUGGCUUUAAUAUUGAAGUUUUCUCUUUGUGAGCAGAUAUAGAAAAAUGGUUGUUUUAAUAUUUAACUUCACGUUUACCUACUUUACUCAAUGUAUGAAUAUGACUGGAAAUUAAAAACCCAGUUUUAAGAAUUCCAUGUUGUUUUUUUAAGUCUGCAUUAUCAUGAUUACCAGUGAUGGUGUGUGCACACCAUUAAAGCAUUAGAUUAUUAAUGUAAAAAACAAAACUUAAUAGAAUAAUUGAUGGAUAACUUUUUGUAAAUGUAAUGCUACAGAAAACUUGCUUUAUAAUAAGUCAUUUUCUUACAAAAAUUAAGUAUUGACUGAAUAUGUAUUUAAUACCUUCAGUUGUGAUUUUGGGCAUUUGUUUGGUUAAUAUCUAGAGUGCUUAGAUUUUAUUUAUUUUUUCAGUGAAGUGUAUCAUUUGAAAGUUAUACUUCUAAAAAUGCAUCAUUAAUGUUUGUACAAUUCUAUUAGGCAAGUACUGAUAAAAGUCAAGUUUUGUAGUUGAAUUGUUGAAUCUGAAACUAUUGUGUCACAUAAAUCGCAAGAUGAAAAAAAAGUUUGAAAUUCUCUUUCUAUAUGCGUUCAACUUGUAUAAAUAGAAAUCUCCAUUA